UAAAAAUGGAUAUGCAAGUUUGAAGUUCGGAGCGGCUUGUUGUUGUUGUGAACAUUGCACCGCCUAAUACUGACACGGCGACUCGGCCGAGCAGCUCAUCUAGCUUGUCAGCUACGCCGUUAACCCCGGAGCCUUGCCACAAUAACACUGUUAAAUAAUCCCCAAAAGCCAAACCCAGCCUCUCCAGGUGUCGUCGACUCUCUGUCCACCUCACCGCUUCGCUUCCCCUUCGCCUCCCCUCCCAUAAAUAAUCCAUUCAUCGCAUGAAGUCGCAUUCCGAUGCAAUAUUAUCGCAGUUGCAGUUGGAGAGUGGAGGGGCUUACAAUUUGGGGAUAACCAAUUAGGGUUUUGAUUUCAGAGGUUUGGGUAGCUUGUGGUUACCAACUUCAGGAAAAGUAAAGCUAUGAGUUUACAUUUCAGUAUUGCAUAACAAGAAUGCCAGGGAUACCUCUAGUGACUCGUGAAACCACGAAUUCUCUUUGCAAUUGCAGCUACUCUAGAAGUGCAGAUCAGAUGUGCCGCCAAGGUUCUCGUGUGCAUUUGUCUGCAGAAGAGGAAAUUGCGGCAGAGGAGAGCCUUUCAAUAUACUGCAAGCCUGUAGAACUUUACAAUAUUAUUCAACGUCGAGCUGUUCAAAAUCCAUCAUUUCUUCAAAGAUGCUUGCAGUACAAAAUACAAGCGAAGCAUAAAAAGAGGAUUGAAAUGAAAAUUUCCUUGUCAAGGACUUUGAAUGAUGGAUUGCAAACUCAAAGUAUUUGUCCUCUGUACAUAUUUUUGGCAAGGCCAGUUUCAAGCUGUGCAGUUACAGAGUAUUCUGCAGUUUAUCACUUCAGUCGGGCAUGUAGCUUGACUGCUUCUCCUGGAGCCGACGGGAUGAAUCGAGCUCAAGCUAAAUUUAUUCUUCCUGAGAUUAACAAGCUUGCAGCAGAGAUCAGAUCUGGCUCUCUUGCUAUUUUGUUUGUCUUCUUUGCUGACAUCACAAAUUCUGCAUGUCCUACCGAUCCAACUAAGAAUCAUAUAAACAUGCCAUCUUUCCCAUCAAAUAUUGAAGGAUUGUGCCUGUUGGGCAAGAUCCCUAUGGAACUACUGUACUUGUCAUGGGAUAAAUCUCCAAACUUGAGUUUAGGGGAGAGAGCUGAGAUGAUGUCAACUGUUGACAUGCAUUCAUAUUUGGUGAAGUUGAGUUGUAUUGAUGAUGACAAAACCAUUGCAUUUCAGAAGCCCCACGGUUCUGGAGCUGCGAACGCACUGCGGCAAGUGGAAAUCUUCAUAUCUGCUGAAGAGUUUGGGGCUAAAGAAAAAUCUCCUUAUAAUGCAUACACAUAUGACAUUGACAUUCCUACUACUUCAUUGACUCCUAUUAUGCGGUUGAGAGCUGGAAAUGUCAUUUUCAACUACAGGUACUAUAAUAAUAAGUUGCAGAGGACUGAAGUCACUGAGGAUUUUGCCUGCGCAUUCUGCUUGGUAAAAUGUGCAAGCUUUAGGGGUCUGAGAUGCCACUUGACCUCAUCACAUGAUCUAUUCAACUUUGAGUUUUGGGUUACUGAAGACUGCCAAGCUGUAAAUGUUUCAGUGAAAACAGAUACCUGGAGUCCUGAGAUAGUUGCGGAUGGUGUUGACCCACAACAACAAACAUUUUUCCUUUGUUCAAAGCCACUGAGACGUAGAAAACCAACAAACUUGGUUCAGAAUGCAAAACAUGUGCAUCCGCUUGUAUUGGAUUCCGAUUUUCCUGCAACAAUCAAUGAUCCUUGUGGCAGGAAUGAUGGCCUUGCUGAGUGUGUUGAACGCAAUACAUCCAGCCCUAAUGCUGGAGUUUCAACUGGUACGGCCCAAUCAUUUGCAGAUCCAGAAUGCGUCCAAUCUGUGCCUGGAAGCAACCUUGCACCUCCUGCUAUGCUACAAUUUGCCAAGACGAGAAAGCUAUCAGUUGAACGUUCUGACCCUAGAAACCGUGUCCUUCUGCAGAAGCGGCAGUUCUUUCACUCGCAUAGAGCACAGCCAAUGGCAUUGGAACAAGUGUUGUCAGAUAGGGAUAGUGAGGAUGAAGUUGAUGACGAUGUUGCCGAUUUUGAAGAUAGAAGGAUGCUUGAUGAUUUCGUGGAUGUUACGAAAGACGAGAAACAAAUGAUGCAUCUCUGGAACUCGUUUGUCAGGAAACAACGGGUGCUGGCAGAUGGUCAUAUUCCUUGGGCGUGUGAGGCAUUUUCGAAAUUGCAUGGUCAAGACUUUGUCAGAGCACCACCACUACUUUGGUGUUGGAGGUUAUUCAUGAUCAAACUUUGGAAUCAUGGUCUGCUUGAUGCACGGACAAUGAACAAUUGCAAUAUAAUAAUUGAGAAAUACCAAAGCCAAGAUGCAGAUCGUGCGAAGGGCAAAAUUUGAUUGCGCAAGCAAAGGCCAUCAAGAGUGCAAUGGUGAUAAGCUUCCUCACUAAGUCCCGAUUUGCGCUUCCAUGUUUCUGCCAUUUUGUUUUCUGUACUCUGUUCAGGUUUCUAACUGCUGCUAGGUCUAGUAAAGUCCCUUGUUCAUUGUCUUGUUAUUAUAAAGGUACCUGACAACUUUUUUAUUUAGAUGCGAUAAGUGUAGUUUGAACGAAUUCUGUACAGAGAAAAGAAAAGAAACGCUUCUCCUUUU